CGCUCCAGAGUAAGACAUGGAGUUGGCUGCUGGAAGCUCGUCGCUCGGUGCGCUACGAGCAUUUGCGGCAACUUGCUAUCCCCAGGAUGGACGCAAAACCGGAGGUGGAUGCUGCGCCGACGCUCUGACUUUUCCCAUGUCGCCGCCCUCGGCUAGCGACGAGUUCUCGCACGAAGUGGCUGCUGGUUUCGUCUUCGCUGAGGAAAUGAAGAUCGUGCGACAGCUACAGGCCAAAUGCAAGGAAGGGCGUGAGCUUGUUAACGUCAUUUACUGCUCGAGAAGUUGUGCCAGAGCCUUCCCGCCUGGUGUCGUAGCGAGUGAGACGGAUCCCAAGAGGAUGAAGAAGUACUACCAUGCCAUUUUCAAUGUGUUGCAGCCACAGGUGGAGAAAAUCAAGCAAUUGAACGAGUACUGCUCGCAGGCGGUGGUGCUGCUGAGCGACAAUAUCCAGCGGACGACAGUGCACGAGAACAUGACGAGAGUGAUUCCGGAUGUGAUGAUGGACGCGCUCGUGGAUAUUAUGGACGUCAUUCUGCAGCUAAGCCACUUGCAUGACACUAAGAGCAGCUUGAGGAAUGAUUUCUCCGUCUUCAAAAGAAUAUUUUUGCAUAUUAAGGAGGAUCUUCCAGACAUGGAUCUUAUAGAGAAGGAUAUUGUGCGACUACAGGAGUUUAUGGGGGGCUCCUAUCAAGCGAAAGGUUCUGUCUGGGAUUCACUACGGCACAACUUGACCAAUGUUAAACGGUAUGAUCAAGUCACCUAUUUGCUGCUGCGACACUGUGUCAGUCACAUCGAGAACGAUGUAUGCAUAACGCCGAGCUCCAAGUUUAAAUACAUCCGGGCUUUGUCCUAUUUAGUGGCAGUUUUAGAGGGAUCAGAUGCCUGGAAGAAGACGAAUACGCUUCCUGGGGCAGACAAAAAGGUUAUCGAGGCGGCUGCCAAACUUAUCACUCACUUCCCAGUAAUCCCAAUGCUUCACGAAGUCAGCAUUAAGCCUGUGAAGACACUACAAUCACAAGGUGGCCACAAAUUGGAGUCCGUUAACGGUGCGACUCCGUCGAAGAAUCGUGAUGUCACGUUCGAUGUGGUUGCUGCGUCUCGAGAUUGCAAAGCAACAUGUGAGGCUUAUCUUCCGCGACUCCUGCAUGCACUGAAUACGGGGGUGAGUCACGAGUACACACCCGAGCAAAGCGAUGCGCUGUAUGAAGUGCUUGUGGAGGGAAUCUCACAUCUAAGCAAGUGGAAAAGCAGUUUCUUGUUGUUUGUGGCCUGGAAAUACCAGAACCCAAGAGCAAACAAUACAGGACUUCCCGUGGAAAGCCCGUUCCCCGAAUACGAACGUGUGACGAAGCACAACUACUCAGACGACGAGUGGAGGGCUAUGGCAGAUAUCAUUUAUGCUGUGAAGUCGAUGGUGCAGAUCUUGCGGGAAUCUCAGCCCAAGCUUGCCAUGUGUGUGCGCCGAACGGUGUACCAGCAAAUUCAAAAAUUCGUCCAGCACACGCUGCUUCCAAUACUCCACCGAGCUGAUAAACGCAAACUGGCUUGCACAAAGCUACUUCACGACAUUCGUGUCAUGUGCGGUGAUUGGAUUGAUAGCGAGCUACUAGCGAGCGAUUUCAAGAAGAAGCGAAAGGAGCGCAAGUUUUCGCAGAUCCCUGAUAGAACAGCGAGUGCUCCUCUGUGCCAAAUUCAGAUGCUCCGGACUGCAAUUGAUUCGAUUGUUGCAAAGCGCUCAAUGGGCGACUUGAACGCCAAAUCCUCGACAUCAUCCGCGCUCUUCGCAUUCAGAAAGGACCUGGACAGCUCAGAUUUAGACAUCUUGCAGGAGUUUUAUCGCAAAUCUGGAGCUUUUAACGUUUUACUCGAUCUAAGUACUACACUCAGCGAGCUGGGGAAUUUUUCGAAUCUCUGGCUUCGCGAGCUCUAUGUGGAAUUGGUGAAGUCCGCCCAAAUUCCAGCCGAAAUUUCGCUGCCGUGGCUGUUGAUUGAACACUGUUUGGAUGACAAUACUACACUUGUGGAGCCGGUGCUAGCUGUUUUGGACGCGUACAAUGACGCAGGGAAUUGCUCGCUUUUCGAACUUCAGCAGCAGCAUCUUUACGAUGAAGCCGAGGCGGAGGGCAAGCUGUGCUUUGAUCAUUUUGUGUAUCUUCUCGCGGAACGAGUGUAUCUCCAUUACAAGACGUUGGCUGCAAGAAAUAUGUGUCGAGAUGGGAUUCAUCGUGCCUGUAAGCAGAGCACUGACGUUGCAGUGAAAAAGAAUACUUCUACUCGACAAAAUUCCACCAUUUCGACUCUUAGUAAGGUAUUUGAUACCGGCGAUGCAGAUUCCAAGUACGAAUCAAUUCUCACGCAGAGAUACGUAAGCAUCUUCGGACGUAGCUACGAUCUCACAUUCCAACUCGGCCAGCGUGUAGACGCUUUACUCAGUAAAGAUUUGGAAAGCUGGUUCACGAAGUUUGAGGCUAGUGAUGCUACCUGUUACGUCGCACUGCUCGAUAUACUGAAGGUCUUGAGAACGGCACAUGCGUCGUUGUCGGUGCUUGAACUGGAUGAGUUUGACGAUGUAAUCGCAGAAGCAAAUGACGAAACUCUGGGAUGCUUCUUGGAAAACCCCAAGUUUGCGAUCCGGUCCCGGAUACAUGAGCAGAUCUCACAAACAAUCCUUACUGAUCUUUGCCAGCACUUUAGCCUCCAAUUUUGCGAUAGGCGAUUAAUCCGAAUGCAUCUCCACGAUGCUUUAACGAUGACAGUUGGGGAUCAAUUUGCGCAUGAAGAGUGCUUGAGGAAAGCCAAAAAGCAUGGUAUACUCCGGCCCAAGAUCGGACAAUUAGCUGCAAUUAAAAACAAUUAUGGCGCACUUGAGAAAGUCAUUACUGGGUCGCAUCGUGCGUUCUUCGGAGAACCCCACGUCGAGGCGAUUUGUGAACUGCUUUCGCAUCGAGAACUUGUUGAUGUUGCAAACGACUGCAUUAAUUUUGCCGUUGCAAAGAUCGAAGACGUGCUGGCACUGUGCAUUCCAGCGUUGGGUUCAGCUAUUCCACCGUUUCGUCUACCUCGAUUCAUGUAUCGAACAGAAGGCUGUUUUGGAUUCUUUGAGGGCAAAUACAAACACCUACUGGACUCCGAUGAGCUCGAGGCUCAGAUUUUCCACUGUUUUCGUGAAAUUGGCAAUGCCUUGAUGUUUUUAUUAAUGCUCGGAAGUGUUCUUAAUACAAAGGCAAUUCAGCUGAACUCAACGGAAAAAUACGAUUCUGAUGAAUGGCAUCCCCACUUACUCCAGUGUGCACUCGAACGUAUCGACUCGAUGCUAAAGGAGUCGGAAAUUGCAGGCGAAUGGGAAGCUUCACCGGACUCGCAGCCGGAAAAGAUGCCGAACACUUCAAGUUUCUACCAUGUGUGGUGUGCUCUCGAGUUCCUCAGUUGCAACCAUCCACGUAUGUGUAUUGGAGACUCCACGAUGGAUGAAGAAGCUCCAUUAUCAUUGCGCAAUAUGUUCGGAGAUGGCGUGCAAUUUGCUGGCUGCACUCUCGUGCAUCUGCUUGACCAACGUUCACUCUACGAUCUCUGGAACGUCAGCCAACACGUUAUCAACGUUCACCACUGCGAAGAAGUUAAAGCAGCUAGUGACGCACAGAUAGCACUGGUAUCAAGCAAAAAGAGUCGACACAAGAGCGAAUAUUCGAGCGUUCAAACUACCGUGGGAACACUGGACCGAGAAAUGGAGGACAAGGCUGCUCGCUUCGUUGUGAACGCUCGAGAAAUGCGUGCAACUUCCGAGCGAAUAUUUCAUACACUCGAAAUGGCGUGGCCAUCUGGGAAUACAGUGCCAACUACCUUCACCCCACCGUCGUUCACUCCACCGGUGAAGACCCCGUCAUCUCCGAUGACUACACAUACACAAUACCUUCGAUGAAUACCCAACUUUGACAUUUGACGCCUGAGAUCCUAACAAAAUAGACACUACGUUUGGUCAACAUAAUACCCACU